CUUCGUGUUGCUCAACAUGGCUGCGCCCUGCUCGGAUCAACAGGUCUGAAGGUGUUCAGGAUGUCCAGUCAGCAGGUGAGUAUCGCUGAGCUCCUGCUCUUAUUGGACAGUUCAGAGCUGCAGGAGGCGGAGCAAGUCAGAGCAGCAGUCAACCAGCAGCUGAGUACAGACAGAGGAGGUGCUGUCCUCUCCUCUCUGGUGGAAUAUUACCUGGACUCGUCCUCCUCUCAGGUGGUGCUCCUCCUCUCCUCCAUCAGAGAGCCUCAUCACAAGCCUCUGCUGGAGAAGCUGAAUGAGACUCUGAACAGACCUGGAUCCAGACUGGCUGCUCUGACCCUGCUGGGUCACCUGAUCAGGAAACAGCCGCCAUGGGUUCAUCACAUCAGCCGCUCGCCGCUGCUGCCGUCGCUGCUGCGCUGCCUCAAGACAGAGACGGACGUGGUGGUCCUGAUCACUGGAGUCCUGGUCCUCAUCACCCUGUUACCCAUGAUCCCUCAGGCCGGGAAACAACACAUCUACGACUUCUUCGAUGUGUUUGGACGCCUCGCAUCCUGGAGCUACAAGAACCCUGGUCAUGUACCUGUGGUCCACCUGGUCCACCUCCAUGCAGGCGUGUACUCUCUGUUCCACCGUCUGUAUGGGAUGUUCCCCUGUAACUUCAUCUCCUACCUGAGGCUGCACUACAGCAUGAAGGAGAACCUGGACACCUUCCAGGAGGUCGUCAAGCCGAUGUUGGAGCAUGUCAGGGUUCACCCAGAGUUGGUCACAGGGACUCAGGACUAUGAGCUGGACCCGUCCAGGUGGAGGUGUUAUGAAGUCCAUGACAUUGUGAUCGAGUGCUCCCGAGUGUCUCUGGAUCCUCUCGAGUCGUCCUGUGAGGAGGACGUGUACUCCUCCCUCAGAGACCCUCCCCCCUCCCCAUCGCCCUCCCCCCUCCCUCACCUGAACGUCACCUCCAGUCCUCACCACGCUGACAUCAUCAGCUCAGGAAGUUCAGUCUGUCCUUCGCUGCUGUCUGGACGUCCAACUCAGCUGACUCUCAACAACACCUACACACAGGCUGAUGAUGUCACAUGGAGUCCCUCCUCACAGUGUGGUUUGUCGACGCCCCCUCCUGAACCUGCUGCUACAGGCUCCGCCCACCCACUGAGCAGGACCACCUCCAUCUCAAGUGAGAGAGGUGUGAAAUGUCCCCCAUCAACCACCGUCCCAGUGACGCCGCUGGUUGAAGACCAAGAUGGCGGUCUGACUCCUGACAACAACAACCAGGUGAAGCUGCUGACGGAGCUGAUGGGGUCGUCCACUCAGCCAGUCACAGAGAAGAGUGAUGUCAUCAAUAACAUCACUGAAGACGUCAGACCCCAGCAGCCUCCCCCUUCCUCCUCCUCCUCCUCCUCCUCCUCCUCCCAUCCUGUCCUCCUCACCUCCACCCCCGGCCGUGACAACCCCUCCUCAGGUUCAGCCCUCCCCCCUCCUCCUUCCUGCUCCAUCUCCCUCUCCUUCACCCCCCCUCACCCCUCCACCACCGCCCACACAUCAGAAGAGGGAGGCCCCGCCCCUUCCGCUCUGAGCCCCGCCCCUCCGUAUGAGCCCCUGUUUGAGCUCGCUCUGCCCCGCGCCGCCACGCUGUUCAUCGGGAGGAAGACUCAGGAGGCGCUGGAGAGAGCAGCAGAGGAGCAGGAGAUGGGAGGAGGAGGAGGAGGAGAGCAGGGGGAGGACAGGGAGGAGGAGCAGACCUGCGUCUCUCCUCUGGAGGUUUUGGAUCAGCUGAUCGUCCACGGACACGACGCACACCAACACCUCAGCAGGAGGUUGUCGGCGGUGAAUAAGUCGAUGGAUCGGAGUCAUUUUGGAGGUAAACAGCAGAGCAUGAAAACCAAAGGCCCCGCCCAGGGGGAGGAGCUUCAGUCUCUGAGGAGCCAGCUCUUAUUGGUCCACAGUCAGCUGCAGUACGAACGCUUCAAACGCCAACAGCACGCCGUCAGAAACCGCCGCCUGCUGCGGAGGGUCAUCAACGCAACCUCGCUGGAGGAGCACAGCGUCGCCAUGAAGGGUCAGCUGAGCGCUCAGGACGAAGAGAUUCGCUGUCUGAAGUUGAGUCUGCAGGAAGAACAGAGACGAUACACACAACUGCAGCAGGACACACAGACACACACUGAGCAGCUGAAUACACACAUCAGACAGCUGCUGCUGCAACAACAGGACGAACUGAGGGACAGGCAGAGACUGCAGAGUGAGCUUCAGGAGUGUCACAGCAGGCUGAGGGAUCUGGAGGCGGAGCUUCAGAGAGCCAAUAACAAGGCUUACAAUGCAGAACACCAGCUGACGGAGCUGUCCAUCAAGCUGUGCAGCAGUGAGCAGCUGCAACAGCAGAUCUUCUUGUUGAACCAGCAGCUCGUCCUGAUGAGACAAACUAACAGAGCUCUGAAUGACCAGCUGGAGGGAGGAGAGACACACACACACACUGAGGCGUCCAUGCUGCAGUGCAGUGUGGGUAAGGAGUACCUGCGUCUGAAGGACAGUGACGUCCAGCACAGACAGAAGCUGGAAGCAGCCAAUCACAGGAUAGCAGAGCUGGAGGGUCAGCUGACCAAGAAGGACCAGCUGAUCCUGGACCUGAAGAAACUCCUGGAGGACACCAAGGUCCAGAGCAGAGGCGAGCUGUCGGCCUGUGAGAGUCGCUACGUCGCUCUGAGGAGAGUCACCCAGACGCUUCAGACCGAGACGCUGCACCUGUACAGCCAGCUCCACCUGGACGCUCACACGCACAGCCGGCCUCAGGAUGUCAGGCCAAACGGGGGCAGCGUUGCCUUACCAGCUCCUGAGGGCAGCCACAAGCCCCGCCCCUCCUCCUCUUCUUCUGUUGGUAUAUUAAAUGGAGCCGUGGAGACCCUCUCCACCUCCCCCCUGCACCUCCCUUCCUGCUCCUCCUCCCCCCUGUCCCUCUCCCCUAUCGACUCCCCCCUCGCCGUCGGCUCCUUCCUGGAGCAGCAUGCACGGCAGCUGUUCAGACCAGCCAAUCAGAGCCAGGAGGAGGAGGAGCAACAGGAGGGGGAGGAAGAGGAAAAGGAAGAGGAGGUGGAGGAGGAGGACGAGGAGGAGGUCCAGCCAGACAGCCCUCCUCUGGGUCAGGAGGCGGAGGAGGCCAACUUCCUUGCAGGAAGUCCUCAGACGGUGCCUCCAAACCGCGCUGCAGCUCCCAGCCUGCCUCCCUCUGGACCUCCUGCGCCUCCUGCUGACCUGAUGCUCGCCGUCCGACAGAGGAGACACGAACUCAGCAUCAUGGACUACGACGAGACGCUGCCAGAGUACUGAUGGAAAGUUGACAAGAGGCUGAUGGAGGGUUAACAGGAGACUGAUGGAGGGUUGACAAGGGACGGAUGGAGGGUUGACAGGAGGCUGAUGGAGGGUUGACAGGAGGCUGAUGGAGGGUUGACAGGAGGCUGAUGGAGGGUUGACAGGAGACUGAUGGAGGGUUGACAAGGGACGGAUGGACAGCUGACGGGGGGUUGAUGGAGGGCUGCGACUGAAGGUCCUGAAUUUAUCUGAUGAGUGUGAUAUUUUAUGUUUGGAGGGAUUUUUAGUUGCUGUCUGAAAACAAAUUAAAGCCAAAAAUAACGACAGAAAACAUGUUUUUUAGUGUUGAUGAAUUAGGAAAUAAGCUAACAGCAACUAUGCUAAUCAUGCUACGUUAGCUGUAACAUGAAACUGUCUCUCCUCUGCAGCUCGCGGUGCCACAGCAGCAUCAAAACACUACAUGAGACCUGCUGCUGUUUUUAUUGCCAAUAUUUAAUCUGUCCACCGGGGGCAGCAGAACACGCUGAUCAACAACACAACAUCUGACAUGUUAUCAUCUCCUAAAGUAGCUGUGGCUAACGUGUUAGCAGCAACAUGAUCAUCCCAUUAACAGUUGUGAUAAUCAGUUGUGGAGUUCCUCAGGGUUCAAUCCUUGGUCCUUUGAUUUCUUCAUUUUACAUGAUCACAUGACAUCAACCAUCAGGCCCCUCCUCCUCGCCAGACUGUCAGCAGCUGCAGCGUCUUCUGUCUUAAUAUACUCAGGAUUAUUUUACAGAGUAUUGGUGAAGACACUCAGUUGUGUGUAGCACAUUAAAGCCUUAAUAAUCCAGUGAAACAUGAUCUCCCGACCUGAAGCUUCAUCAGACAGAAACCUGGCCGAAGCCUUCAGAGACUAAACUACCAGCCGCCAGCCUGUAAACCAGAACCAGCUGGUCCGCGGUGACAUGUCAGAGCAGCAAUCGGCCUAAACCAUGGUGUGAUUGGAUGAUUAUUGUUCCUGUAAACUGACAUAAAUGUUCCUUAUUCUGGUUAAAGUUUCUCCUCAGGUUGACAGCUCAGGACACCAGACGAGACAGUGGCAGAUCCAGGACGGGUUAGACGAGCUUAACAGAGUAAUUAUGGGAAAUACUGUUAAACUGCUGCUUCCAGCCUUUAUGCUAAACUAAGCUAAGAUAACUGUGUCCUAAUCCCUGAGACAUGAGAUUGACAGAGAAUGUUUCCAAAAAUGUCAAACUGUCCCUUACAGCCAGCAGCUUACGAGGAUCAGUUUGAUUUCAGGGUGUGACCUUCACCAAAGACCUCCUGUUGUCCUCUGCAGGACCGAACCAGCUGAUUAAAUCUGAACCAAUCACUAACCAUCUCACCAGCAUGAUUCUUUUCAUGGAAACUUCACAGACCUGCUGUCAGCUGUUCAGAGACAAAUAUUAAACUGUGAACAUCAGAAAUAAAAACUUCUAUAAUCUCA